UCCGUUUUCCUCUCAGAGUUCUCGGGUCUCGGGGCGCCCCAUUAUUUGUUCCUUCACGGCCGCUCAACCCCAGGGGCAUGGCAGUGGGUUGGGGACCAACUCGGCCGCGCUGGGGUCGGGGGCGAGACAGGUCCCGGGAUUCUGGAACCCGACUCCUGCCCUGCCUGGCCCACAGACUACGAAAAGAUCCCGGCGUUCCAGCUCCCGGUGCCAGCGCAAUGAGGCCGCUCCUCGCCCUGCUGCUCCUGGGCCUGGCGGCCGGCUCGCCCCCUCUGGACGACAACAAGAUCCCCAGCCUAUGCCCGGGGCACCCCGGCCUUCCAGGCACGCCAGGCCAUCAUGGCAGCCAGGGCCUGCCUGGCCGCGACGGCCGCGACGGCCGCGAUGGCGUGCCUGGGGCUCCCGGAGAAAAAGGCGAGGGCGGGAGGCCGGGACUACCGGGACCCCGUGGGGAGCCUGGGCCGCGAGGAGAAGCGGGCCCCGUAGGGGCGACCGGGCCUGCGGGGGAGUGCUCGGUGCCUCCACGCUCCGCCUUCAGUGCCAAGCGCUCGGAGAGCCGGGUGCCUCCACCAUCGGACGCGCCCCUUCCCUUCGACCGGGUGCUGGUGAACGAGCAGGGUCAUUACGACGCCGCCACUGGCAAGUUUACCUGCCAGGUGCCCGGGGUCUACUACUUCGCGGUCCACGCCACUGUCUACCGGGCUAGCCUGCAAUUCGAUCUGGUCAAGAAUGGCGAGUCCAUCGCCUCUUUCUUCCAGUUUUUUGGGGGGUGGCCCAAGCCAGCCUCGCUCUCCGGGGGCGCCAUGGUGAGGCUAGAGCCCGAGGACCAGGUGUGGGUGCAGGUGGGUGUGGGUGAUUACAUUGGCAUCUAUGCCAGCAUUAAGACGGACAGCACCUUCUCUGGAUUUCUGGUAUAUUCUGACUGGCACAGCUCCCCUGUCUUCGCUUGAUGCCCACUGGAAAGUGACUUCACACUCUCUCCCUUGAAGGGGAGGAGGGUGUGACACUGAUAGCCACAUCAUCCAGGAAGGCUGGCCCCCCUGGAAUGUUGUAAAUGAUUGGUGGCCUGUCCGUACUGCUGCUGGCAGGGAAUAGGGACAGAGGCUGUCUGAGAUCAGGACUGGCAGCAUGGGGCACUGGCUGGAUUUCUGCCCAAGACCAAAGGAGCGCUCUGUGCUGGCAGGUGUGAGUCAUCUGACCUAGGACCCCAAGUUGGAUGCUCUUCCUGGUUGUUUCUCUGGGUCCUACCUUUUUCCU